AUGCAAGCAUGCGCGAUGAUAGAUGGAGGUAGAAAGAUGGCGGCCACUUACGGGACGGGCGGCCAGAGCCCGACAUCAAUUUCGCGAACUUUAGAACGGGUUUUCGAGGAAGCUCAGUUAUCAGGAGAAAUAUUAUUAUGUGGACGUAACCUUAAGGAAUAUCCAAAAAUUGCAUCUAAAUAUGAUCUAGCAGAUACAGUUCAUGCAGAUUUUUCUAAAAACCGUUUCACAGAAGUUCCAAUUGAAGUUGGAGAAUUCACAUGCUUAGAAAGAUUAAUCUGUUACCACAAUUUGAUUCGAUCCAUUCCUGAAAACCUGGUGCAAUUACAAGUAUUAACACAUCUCAAUUUAAGCCGAAAUCAGCUAACAACAUUACCAGCUUUCCUAUGUUCUCUACCAGUGUUAGAAGUUUUAUUAGCAAACAACAACAAAUUGAUUUCUUUACCACCAGAAAUCUGCAAGUUAGAACGGCUAAUGGAUUUGGAUGUUAGCUGCAAUGAAAUCACUCGUUUACCAACAGAAAUUGGCAAGUUGCCUUCUCUUCGGAGAUUGAAUGUUAGGAAAAAUUUAUUAGUAGAAAUACCUCCAGAAAUUUCAAAAUUGAAUCUUCGAAGGAUAGAUUUUUCAGCUAAUAAGAUAUCUUCAAUACCAAUUGUUUUUCGAUCAAUGCAGACAUUGGAAGAAAUGAUUUUAGACCAUAAUCCAUUAGUAACUCCUCCUGCUCAUGUUUGUACAAAAGGCAAAGCACACAUCAUGAAAUACCUUCAAAGAGAGGCUGACAGGAACAAUGCUCUCCUUUAUGAUACAGAAAUGAAAUGGAAUAGUCGGAAGUCUUUCCCUCAACCUGUAGUGUCAGGGGAAGAGUUUAGAAAUUUGUCUCCUGAAAUGCGCUGGAAACGUCACACAGUGAGCAGUGAUUCAGGCUACAUUGAUGGCAGUGACAAGAGCAGUUGGUCUUUACCUGAGGUUGUUAAUGACUUGGAUGAAGCUAACUGUUUAGCUUUAAAAACUGCCGAGGCUGUUAAGGAGCAACGCCAGGGAAGAGAGCAAGAGUUGCAGCGAAGAGUAUCCCUGGAGAUCCAUAAAGAGCCUGUAGUAGACUCUGAUCCAAAGCUAGCACAGACACCUCCUACUCCAGUAAAUAUGGAGGAUGCUUUCACAAGGGAAUUACAAAGACAAAAAUCAGAUUAUGAGCGACGGAAAAAGCAUGCAGAACAGCUUCGAAUGAAGCAAGAAGAAGAAGAGCGUGAAGAAAGAGAGCGUGAAGAGACACGACGAGCUGCUAUCAAACUGCAAGAGAAGCGAGCUCAGAUUGAGCGGCAACGAGAGCAAGAAGCAGCUCGACAACGGGAGCAAGAAGAGAAGGAGGAAAUGGAGGAAGAGGCUGAGCGCCAGAAGAGAUUGGAGCAACAAGAACGUGAAAUGGAAGAAGCUAAAAAGCGAGAAGAGGCUGCAAAGUUGAAGCAGGAUGAAGAAAAGAAACAAGAGAUCAUCAAGAAAGAGAAAGAAGAAUCAGUAACCAAAAGUAAAGCAGAUAAUAAAACCAAAGAAACAUCAAAGCUGAAGCGGACUCCUGUAGAUAACUGCCUCAGCUUUGUACAUCUGCCUUUGACGGAUUUCUAUGAAAACUGUACCGAAUAUGACUACGAAAGCAUGGACUCUUCCUCCAGCAUGCUUUAUAGGAAAUAUGCUCUAGGACCACGUGGUAUAAAGGAUGACAAAAAACUUGGUACGACAAGUACAUAUCGUCGUCCAGAUGCUGUGAAGAUGAGGAAACCUUCAUCAGAAUCAACAGUUUCUUCAGCUUCAAACCAUGUGCAAAAGAAUGGAAUUCCUGAUGAAAACAUGAACCCAUCUCCUGUAUCUUCAAAUGCUCCAAGUCGAAGUUCUUCAACUAGCUCAAUUCAUAAUACGAAUGAACGAACAACUACAAAAUCUUUGUCUGGCAGUCGGUUGCGUUUGGAUAAGACCUCCACCUCUACGUCAAAUGUGGUCCGCCGAACCAAGCCAUCCACUGCCUCGGAUAAGACAGGACCAGCUUCUGCUACCAAUUCCAAAAUAGCAGUUACAACUGGCAAAUCACAUACAACUGGAACAAAAUCCAAUCAUCUAACUCCUGAAGAGGAAUUCCGCUUAAAGCAUGAAGCCAUUCUCAACCAACAGAGGCAUGAAUCCCAGGUGUUGAAACGGAGACUUGAAGAACAACGCUCCAAAUCUACGGUCAAGGACACUGUCAAUAACACAAAGCGUUCUCCUGGAGAUUCUUCAGUCAGUAGCAGCAGCUCCAUUAAACCAGGCACAAAAUCAGGAAAGGUUGUUGGAGCAAGCAACAAAAUUAUCCCACCGAGCGGACGGCGAACCACAAAGACUACAGCAUCACCAUCAACCACAGCAUCACCCGCCACUCAUCAUCAGAGUGAUGAAGUCUUGUCAGCAGGUGCAUUGAAAUUGUUGGAGGAAUAUAAAGAUGCUGAUCCCAAUUUCACAAUUCGGAGACACCAUGAUCAGGCUGUUAGUGAAAUUCAACAAGUUGAAAGUUUGCGGAAUACAAUCCAAGCCCGAUUAAAGGUGACAUUACCUGCUAAUUUGCCUGAAGCAUUAAGAGAUGGUGUUGUGCUUUGUCAUUUAGUAAACCAAAUUCGCCCAAGAGCUGUUGCAACAAUACAUGUACCUUCCCCAGCAGUGCCUCAACUGACUAUGGCAAAAUGUCGUAGAAAUGUGGAUCAUUUCAUUGAAGCAUGCCGAAAAAUUGGUGUUGAUCAGGGUCGUAUCUGCUCAGCCCAUGAUAUAUUGGAAGAGAAAGGUCUGGCUAAAGUCGCUCUCACCGUGUCUUCAUUGGUGGCCUCUACCAGCAGCACCAAGCAGGCCGUGAAUUUUUGUUAUUCUUCCUUCCUCUCACAUUUUUCUCCUUCACCGUGUUACCAGCACCAUGAUCUUCCACCUGGUCCCUCUCACUUAUUUCUGUCCUCCUUACCUUGUGAUGCUAUUGUUGCUGCUGCUGUUGUUACUGCUGCCAUCAAUACAGUGAUGGCAAUAGAGUGA